AGUUCCAGCUUUAUACAAUCAGAAAUAGCAUUUUAAAGAGAAAAGAUAGGCUACUCUGCAUGUUUUGACUAUAGACCUAACCUAAACCCACUUUAGUCCCAGCUGCUCGACCUGAAACCCUCUGAGUCUCAGCUCAGUUUGCGUGAGACACUUUUGACCUCUGUCCACAUUCCUGACUGAGAGUUUUGUCUCUUCGUGGGGAUUUAGGUCAUCAGCACUUCACUGACUGUUUUGUAACGUUUGAAAGAUGCCCACUGUCCCGUGCUGGCAGUCACCCCCCCCUUGCUCGUCACCAUGGAGAAGGAGCCAGAACCUCCUCCAUGUUCCCAAAGUAAAUCUCCUGUUUCUGGGAGGCGGGAGGUAACCUGCGGUCAGCGCCGGCACUUUAACCCCCUGCUGUCCUCCUGCUGCUUCCACACACGAGCCGCGGUGCCUUUCUACCUGCAGGACAAAGCGGUUAACUCCGCUGACUCCUCCCCGCGUGGCCAUCCCCGAAUCACGCACCUUAAAAGAGGAUGGGCCGCUCGAGCAGAGCCGCAGAACCGGCCCAGGAGGAGCUGUCUCCGUCCCGCGUGGUGCUGAAAGUACCACUCCGCCUCGGCAUGUGGUCCGUCUUCUUUGUCCUCCUGUCCUCUCUGGACAGAAACGCGGUGAGGGGAGACCUCCUCCCGAGCCGCGCGCAGGAGGAGAACAAGGAGGUGCUCUCCACGAUCUGCGCAAAAACCUCAACCGUCGGUGAGAACUACCUCCACCAGGUGUCGGACGGAGCCGUGGUGGUCCGAAGCCUGGUCAGCCCCGCCGGGAAGCUCGUGGACUGCUCCGUGGCGGUGAACCGGACGGAGGUGAGCUCGUUCGUGCGCGCGUGCAGCCUGGAGGAGCGGAGAGCCGCGCGCCGGACGCCUUUUACGCACAUGGAUGAGGCCAAAGAGACGUGCCGAGAGCUGAAGCGGAGAUCAGAGGGCAGCGGCAGCAGAAGGCACGAGGGAGAAGACCCGACCCUGCAGGAGGACGGGGUUCUGAGAAGGUCCAAGAGGGGGUUCACGUACCCCGGGACCCUGUGGUGCGGAGCGGGGAACAUGGCGGAUGACUACAACCAGCUGGGAGAGUUUGCAGAAACUGACAGCUGCUGCCGCGUGCACGACCACUGCCCUCACGUCAUCCACGCCUUCUCCUCCAAAUAUGGACGCACCAAUUUUAAAUGGCACUCCAUCAGUCACUGCGACUGUGAUAACGACUUGAAGUCUUGUCUGAGAAAAGUCAACGACACGUCCUCGCGGGUCGUCGGCCAAGCCUUUUUCAACGUCAUCGGCGUUCCCUGCUUCGACUUCGCCUACGAGGAGCAGUGCGCCGAGCGCCACUGGUGUAAACGAUACGAGAAGCUGCCCGUCACCGUGCUGAGAGAAGCGGUGCCGUAUGACUACGGCGGUAUUGAUGUCAUCGACGAGCUGACGCUGGCUCCGCCCAGGCGGAACGAUCCCAAGGAAGUCAGCGAAGGAGAACCGCAGGAAAGCGUGACUCAGAGCGCAGGGGAGCCCUCGCUGGGAAACGUCGUCACCGCCGCCGAGGACUUCAUCAAGGUGCUUGCCACGGUCUCCACGUCUCAGAGCUCCAACGCUGACUCCGACAAGGACGCGGCGCAAAGCUCAGAGAAGAAGAAGAAGAAGAAGAAGAAACACAGAAGGAAGCAAAAAGGGAAAGGAAAUGGGAGGAAGAGGAAGCAGAAGGCGGAGGUGAAAACAGAGGAAGGAGCAGCAGAAGACGUCCUGUCUUUAAGUAAUUUUAUCCUCGAGUCGAACAGGCGUAACCAGUCGAACACAAACGUAGCCGAUGAAUUUGAGCUCAGGAGAAAAGACGAGCCGUCCAAUGAAGUCAUGAAAGAUGAGCCUGUUCCGGACGAGGAGUCGGAUUCCGUUACGUCACCUCUGACAGGCCCGGCGGGGUCAGCAGAGUCUGACGGCAAGACGGUGAAAGAAGAAGAAAACCCUCUCUUAUCGAGCAGAAUGAACGCUACCUCAAAGAACGCAGAUAAACGACGAGGAAGAAGCAAAAAGAACGACAAGAUAACACAUCACCCUUCUUCUGAAGACCCGGUAUUAAACACAGACGGUCUAAACGGUUUUCACUCUGUCAGCCCAACAGCAAAGCCUGAACGACGCCUCGCCAAGCAGCAACUUCCUGCCAGCACCGCCCCCAUUGUAAUCCCCCACGUCAAAAGGAGCAGGUCAAAGGAGAGCGGAGACAAAGAGAGGAGGAAGAAAAGAAAGAAACUCAGCACUGAUAGUCCCAUUGUGCCUGCUGACCUGCCAAAUUCUGCGGACCGCCUGAAAGUGAUCCCCCUCAGCAGGGUUCCCACCGUCCCGCCCGGCCUCCCCUCAGACCGGCAACACGGACCACAUGUUCACGGCCAGAGCAGCCAGGUUUCGGCUGUCCCCUUCCACGUUCCGAAAGGGCGAAGGGCGGAAGAAAUACCCCUGAGAAACAGGCGGAGGAAAACGUCCGACCCCGCUCCGAGCGAAAACCUGCUUUCCUCUCACGGCGCCGCCGAAAACUCUGUCCUCACAACCCCGUCCCCUCAAGUGCCAGAAACUCGGCGCGACCGGCAGCUUUUCACCACAACCGUCAACGCCAAUCCGAGGGGACGGCAAAGAAAAACACCCCUUCAACAAACUAAAACGUCCUGGGUGACCACCUCUGUUGCUCCAUCCAUCAGUCCACUUCAGCUAUCUGUUGAGAGAGCAAAAGCACAAUUUAAUAAGAAGAGAAGAAGGAAGGCGUUGAAUUUAAACAGACAAUAAGCCGAGCGUUUCGGGCGUAACUAGCAUAGAAAGGCUCGUUUUAGCAGAGAGGUAGAUCAUUUGAUUAAAACAUAAAAAUCAUGUUUUUUUUGUUCAUCUUUUGUCUCGCAUGUUAGUAAUAAAAACUCUGAAUAAAUGGCGUUGCAUACA